AUCUCUUUUAUCUAAGGUGCAAAAGGUUAUUUGGUGGAUUUAUCCACAUUUAUGUGCUGCUAUGGAUAUUCAUUUGCGAUACGAGAAAACAAUAGCAAUGCUGAUAUAUCCAGAAACAAUUUGUACACUUAUACAGAUAAUCACUGGAGCUGGGAACUAAUGGGAAGUUCAACAUUUAAUCCUCAAAUUUGAAUAACAACUGUAUGACAACUGGUGCCUUUGCGUGUACGGCAUCAGUGUACACUAGGAACAACACGAUUGCAGCAGAGCAAACCACAAGAUUCAGAAGUGUUGUCUUUGUGCCGUGACUGAAUUUUCAGGGUGGGACAGCCCAAAAGAAUGAGCACAGCCAACGCGAUGGUAGCUGCAGCUACUGUGCUGUCGCUGGCAUCUGACUCCAGUGACCUCACGGGUCAGAGGUCGAAGCCCUUCUUCACCGGCUGCCGAUCCCGAGAGCAGGAGACCUUUAGCUGCUGGUGGGACCCUGGAAUGUACGGAAACAUUUCGGCCACUCCUGCCUUCAAGGUCCUGUACUCAAAAUCAGGCUGUCAGGAGCUAACGGAAUGCCCCGACUACACAUCUGGAGAGAACAGCUGCUUCUUUAACAAAACGUACACAUCUGUGUGGACAGGCUACUGCCUCCUGAUCAAAGUCACCACCGAGAGGGGAUUGGUCUGGUCGGAGCCAUACUCCUUUAAUAUUCUAGAUAUCUUACAGCCAGAUCCUCCUGUUCAGCUAAACUGGGCCCUUCUGAAUGCCAGUGACUCUGUCCAUUACGCUGACAUCAUAAUCAACUGGGCUCCGCCCACCACUGCGGACGUGGGCUCUGGCUGGAUAUCCUUGCAGUACCAAGUCCGUUUCCGAUCGUCCUCUGUGCCCAAAUGGAAAAUGGGUUCGUUAGUGCAGCAGUGCUCCUACCCGCUGUACGCGCUGGAGACAGGGCAGGAGUACGAGGUGCAGGCGCGAUGCAAACCUCGCUCCGAGGGCAAGUUCAGUCCUUUCAGCGAAUCCCUGCGCUUCCUACUCCCCCACAGGAAGACUGCAAUGCCAGCUCUAGUUGUUCUCUUCCCUCUUGCUGUCCUGCUGAUAUUGAUCCUGCUCUACAUGCUGUGUAGCAUGACACAGAUGAAACAUUUUUUGCUUCCACCUAUUCCUGUGCCCAAGAUAGAUGGACUGAGUAUAGAGAUGAUGCAGACCAACCAGUUUAGCGAUUUCAGCGUCUCUUCUAAUGUCCUGAGCGCGAAGCUUUCUCCGAAUCUGAGCGAGGAAAAGUGGGAGGAGUUCCCCGAGGUGUGGCGGCAGACGGACAGGUCGCCAGAGAACACGCCGGAAAGCGGAGCGGGCGCCCGAGCCGCCAGAUGCGCGGACGCCAGCGACUCGGGCUGCGAGAGCGUGGAAAGCGUUGCCAUGGACACCGCCAAGAACAAGCGCCGCCUCAGCCUAGCUUCGCUGGACACGGAGCCCAGCCACACGGACUCACCCUGCCCAGGAAGAGACCACACAGUGGGCACGGGUCGGGACAUCACUGCGGAGCAAACGGCCCUUUGCGUAUUCCAGCCCAUACCUACAGAAAACCUUGCAGUUUUAGCCACUUUUCAGGAAAGUCCCAGGCCAAACGGUCAGUUACUACUUUCCCUUAGCACACUUCAGGACAAAACAUCCCAUACUGGUAAAGCAAGUACAGAGUACAAAGACAGAGGCUUUUACACCUAUGUGAAAGAUGUUGCUCCUCAAAGUAGCACGAUGGAACUAACGAACAGCAGUAAUACACAGGGGGCCACCGGUACAAACAAACAAGGCUAUCGCCAUGCGGUCAGUGAGUAUCUGAGAGGGACCUCUUCUGUAGGCAGCCAAUCACCAGCUCAUAUGGAUACUUAUGUCACCAUGUAGAUAUGCAACAAGAGAACUGGUUGUAUACUACUGUUGCUUGUAAUCGCACUGGAGUCUUUAAUUAGUGGCGCUGUGUAGAAUAACAUGGAGAGUUACAACUGUAUCUGUAAAUAAAUAAAU